AUGAACAAGACUGAACCAUCUAACCCAAAUACAGCAAAUGUCGGGUACGGAUACUUUGGCCUAGGCACUAUGGUUCACGAAACCAUCAGCUCUUCUCGACGAGACUUUGAGAUGUGGGGGUGGGACCCUGAGUUUUCCCUCCAAAACGUCCAUGAUGUUGUUGAGGACUUCUAUGGACAGUCCGAGAAGAAAGACCCAGCAACGGAUCACAACGAGAACCAACCUGAAAAGAAGAAUCCAACAAACCAGCAGGAUGGAAGUAUGUCGAGGGUUUCACCAGAGGAUGACUCCAUGGACUGGCAGAACAACAACGAUGAUGGAAGCGACAUGACCGACAUCGACCUUGAGCCGACCUUAGCUUCACCUGGCUCGCAGGUAGUUCACGACAGUCCACCAACAUUCGCCCAGGAUACCAUUGUUGUUGAUUCAGGACACGAAUCGAGUGAUGGAAACCUACAAAUUCCGCCAGUUCUGCUCAACUCCGGGGAAUUCGAGCAUUCCCAUCUCUACAACCAGCACCCUUCACGAGCUCUUCCAUUAGGCUCUGCGGAAUUCGAGCUUUCUCGUCUCUACAAUCGGAGCCCUUCACGAGCUCCUACACCAAACGCCACAAACACGAUCGAAGCUGGGCCACAUGGACAUGAGCAGCAAGGCUCCCAGCAAGGCUCUUGGGCUGACAACCUGAAUGCGGCAUUCCCAGGCCUGCAUCUUGGACCUCCCCAGGACUACUUUCACCUUAUCCCUGAGUUGGAGGUCGUCUUAUGCACCGUCUGCCACGUUGCGUGCCCCAACACACAUCGCCAUAUCGAGCAUCAUCUGAUCAACUGCCAUGCCCUUCCACACGUCCGCCACAUCCUCACAGCAUGCUUGGAGCUCUUCCCCGCCAGCACACCGGAAGACAACAGCGUUGCGGCAAUGAUGGAUCGAAUCAGGGACCAACUCAAGGGUGAACGAACCGAAAUUGGGCGGAUCCCAUUCCUCGAGGCCAGCCAGGCUUACGUGUGCCCUCGCGCAAGCUGCAACUAUGUUGACCACGACAGCAGGAGAGUUCUGAUGCACUGCCGAUCCGCUCACGAUCUGAAUGGAUCCGUCAGGUUUAUGCUGCGAGCUCGGGCUUACUCUCUGCACGUGAGCAGGGUCAACAAGGUCAGCGUCAGGGCACGCGAAUAA